GGCUGCACGGGCUCGAGCGCGUGCCAUCCGGGGCCCCGGGGGCGCGCACCGGAGGGGAGCUGAGCGACACGCACACAUGGGCCCCCCUGGGCGAGGCCGCUGGCUCUUGGCCCCCCUGCUGGUGCAGGCCUGGCUGGCGGUGGGCGUGGCCGAGCGGCCGUGCCCCCGAAGCUGCCGCUGUGAUGGUAAGAUUGUGUACUGCGAGUCGGGCGGCUUCCGCGAUGCGCCCCGUGGCCUGUCUGGCGGCUGCCAGGGCCUGUCGCUGCGCUACAACAGCCUGGCAGCCCUGCGCACUGCCCACUUCAGCGGCCUCAAUCAGCUCAUCUGGCUCUACCUGGACCACAACUACAUCAGCGCCGUGGACGGCCGCGCAUUCCAGGGCGUGCGUCGCCUCAAGGAACUCAUCCUGAGCUCCAACAAGAUCACACAUCUGCCAAACAAUACCUUCCAGGCCGUGCCCAACCUGCGCAACCUGGAUCUGUCCUACAACAAGCUGCAGGAGCUGCAGCCAGGCCAGUUCCAGGGGCUACGCAAGCUGCUUAGCCUGCACCUGCGCUCCAACUCACUGAAGACCCUCCCCGUACGCCUCUUUCAGGACUGCCGCAACCUUGAGUUCCUGGACCUGGGCUACAACCGGCUAAGGAGCAUAGGCCGCAACGCCUUCUAUGGGCUGCUGAGGCUCACCGAGCUGCACCUGGAGCACAACCAGUUCUCCAAGAUCAACUUCUCGAACUUCCCUCGGUUCUCAAACUUGCGAGCACUCUACCUGCAAUGGAAUCGCAUCCGUUCCAUGAGCCAGGGCCUUACCUGGACAUGGACGUCGCUGCAGAAGCUGGAUCUCUCCGGCAACGAGCUGCAGGUGCUGGAGGCCGAUGUUUACCAACGGUUGCCCAACCUGCAUACCCUCAGCCUGGACUCCAACAAGUUGAGCAAUGUGUCCCGGGAAACGGUGGACGCUUGGAUUUCAUUGACCACAAUCAGUCUGGCGGGCAACGUGUGGGACUGUGGACCUGUAGUCUGCCCCUUGGUGGCCUGGCUCAGGGGGUUCCGGGGCAACAAGGAGGCCACCAUGAUCUGUGCUGCCCCCAAGGAGGCCCAGGGGGAGAAGGUGAUGGACACGGUGGAGAAGCGUGGCAUCUGCAAGGCCACGCCCACCCCUUCUACCACUACUCCUGUCAUGUCUACCAUGGCCAUCCGACCAGACCGUGUGGCCCCUCCCUCACUGCCCGGAGGGGUGGAGGGGCCAGCGCGUGGGGCUGCUCCCAGCCCCACGCCCUCACAAGCUGCCCCCUCGCUCCCAGAGCUGGAAUUCGAGCAUGUCUCCUUCCACAAGAUCAUCGCGGGCAGCGUGGCCCUAUUCCUGUCGGUGGCCAUGAUCCUACUGGUCAUCUACGUGUCCUGGAGGCGCUACCCUGGCAGUGUGAGGCAGCUCCAAGAGCACUCAGCUCGCCGGCACCGCAGGAGGGCACCAGAGACAGAGCGACCGCUCGCCUCGCCCCUGCAGGAGUACUACGUGGAUUACAAGCCUGGCCCAAGCUCCGAGACCAUGGACGUACUGGUCAACGGGUCGGGGCCCUGUGCCUACACCAUCUCGGGCUCCAGAGACUGCGAGAUUCCGCAGCAGGUGAGCGUCCUGACCUUCUACAGGCAAGAGCCCCCCCUGGUUGACUACUGCCAGGCCCACCAGCCUGCCGCCACGCUGAGGCUCAACAUGGCCUUCGAGGGUUCUCACCCGGGUUUGGGGGGGCUGGAGGAACUCGGUUCCACACAGACAUCGGGCCCUGCCCCCACCCGAGGCCGUGCUCCCACAGUCACACAGACCCCCUCCACACUCAGACUGCCGAGGGAGGGGCCCUGUGUUACCUUUCCCUCUGUGGAGCGCUCCACGCUGGGCUUGGGACACUAGACCAGAGCUCCGGGGGUGGGGUUCAUACAGCAGACUCCGCCUUCAACUUUACCCCACAUCGUGGUGGGGGCGGGGUGGAGGUGGUCAUCAUUUCACACCAGCGUUUGGGAAGAGACCAGACUUCCGCCUCUACUCUGAGUGGACAAAGCUGACUCCGCCCUGCCCUCCAGCGAUCCCCCCAGGCUGUGGUGUAACCUCAAGCCGGGGAGCUCAUGAUGCACCAUCUUUGGAUGGGGAAGCAGGUUCUGAAGGUAAAACGCCUCUGGGCCUCUGCCUCUGGGCCUCUGCCUCUGGCGGCCCUGCCUCUGGGGCCCCUGCCUCUGGAAAUGCUCCAGCCGUGUCUCCCUGACCCAGCACCUGCCGCAGGCCACGCUCUAAGUUUCUGACGUAUGCCGUUUCUGUAAAACAGCGCCCCCUUGUGGAUGGUAUCCUUUUGCCUAUGAUUGUGUUUUCUGAAGCCUCCGGUGGUCACCUGACGCUCAGGGCUUCGGCCUGUUAAUUACGGUUUGAGCACACAGAUUGGCAGGGAUGUCUCAGCGCAGAAAGCAUCCCUGCUGUCAUUCUCCACACCGAUCACUUUGCUGCAGGAGUGACUCUGUGCUGUUGUCUUAUCCCUGAAGACUCUGGUUAAUUUCAAACAUGUAAUAUUUCUAUUUUCACUUUGCUAAUGUUUUUUUUGUAUCACAUUUUUAUCAUAGCCCAAAAGCCAUCCUUCUCCCCACCAUGUAUCCUGGGCCUGGAGUCUGCCCCAGGCAGCACGGGGUUGGAGUCCAUGCAAGACAAGAUGGCGGUCCAUCGCAUCGGUACAUACAGACAUAUAGGGACAUUAAGAGAUGUACUGUGAGGGUAAACCUGGGAGCCCAGAGGAAACCUGUCAAACACUGAGAGAACAUCCACACACACAUGCACUCACACAGAGCAGCAUUCGAACCUCUAACCCCAGAGGCGUGAGGCACCGAUGCUGCCCGCUGAGAUACCACUCUCCUCAUUGUCAUUUUCAGUUGAUCCCUCCAGCACAGUUUUGACUUUAGCUUAUAACAAAUGUUGUUUAGGUCUCUGUGUUAUUACAGUGAGACACCAUCGUCAGGGCUCAGAAAUGAGCGGGUGCAGUGUUUGUACUGCAUAUUUACAGCAUACAGCACUGCUGCAUAAUGUGAAACAGGGAAGGCUCACUGCAUAUUUACAGCAUACAGCACUGCUGCGUAAUGUGAAACAGGGAAGGCUCACUGCAUAUUUACAGCGUACAGCACUGCUGUGUAAUGUGAAACAGGGAAGGCUCACUGCAUAUUUACAGCGUACAGCACUGCUGUGUAAUGUGAAACAGGGAAGGCUCACUGCAUAUUUACAGCGUACAGCACUGCUGUGUAAUGUGAAACAGGGAAGGCUCCUGAUGGUUGUUAUUAAUGCUUGUUAGACAUAAAUGAGAGAUUCAGGUCUGUUGUGAUCGAAAGCAUCACUGGGUGAAAAUGAUGCCAGUGUCGUUUCCGUGACAGCAGUUCCUUAAACAACGCCUCUGACUGAUCCUGCCAUCAUGUCCUCAUUCACACUCAGCUGCUCUCCUUUGAUUUGCCGACAGACUAGUUGAAAUGACUCAUUAGCAAGAAGAAGAACAUCGAUGAAAGAGGGAGGAGCCAGUGCUACUUAAUCACUGAUUCUUUCUGCUCUGAUCUGGUGAUUGUGCAUUUAAUGUAAAGCGGAAGAGAGGCAGAGAGAAUAAAGGCAGGUGUCUGUGCUGAGAACUACUGCCUUGACUUGUUGCUGAAUUGUACUGCAACAUCGCGCAGUCAUUUCCAGCUGAGUGACUCAGUAUCUCAGGCCCUCAGGUCACAUGACGCUUUUUCCCAUAUAUGGAAGCAUGAUCUGUCCGAGAGUGAGUUUCAGUUUUUGUGUUUGGCCCCGCCUUCACAGAAUUUGACCCCACCCCCAGUGUGUUUGGCCCCACCUUCAGCGUGUUUGGCCCUGCCUUCUGUGCAUCUGGCCCCACCUUCAGCGUGUUUGGCCCUGCCUUCUGUGCAUCUGGCCCCACCUUCAGCGUGUUUCACUCCACAGCACAUUUCCUUCAGCCCUGGUUCCAAAGAGUUUGACCCCAUCGCAUUGUGUUUGGGCUCCACCUUCUGUUCAUCAUCUUUCUUGUCUUCUUCGGAAUGGUCAGUCAAGCUGAGCAGAAGGUCUUCGUUUUGUCUGUUGUCUUUCUAAAGGCUAUAGCUGGCUCCCAGUGCAGGAGCCAUGCUCAGUGGACGAGAGGGCACCCUCCUUGGUUUUGCUAUUUUAAUAACUUGAAUAAUAAUUGUUCAUUUUUUUCUGGACCUUAAACCCGAAAUGGAUUUACAUGUGUGUUUUGGAGGUCACACUGGAAACAGCGCCACCGCAGGCUGGAGGACCCCAUGACCACGCACAUGUGAGGUUUCACUGUGAGUUCAGUGAAACUAUUCCCCUCCUUUCUACAGUCUUACACCAGCUUCUCUUCCUGUAAGCCUGGGUCAGUCUCACAUAUUUACACCUAAACCAUGGUGGAUGCUCUAAGAACAGCUGAGAGAUAGUGGAAGGGCAGAGCCCAGGGCCCAGCAUCCAGGCUAUAUCAAUUUUUUGUCAUAUCAUGUGUCUUUUUUUAAGAUAAACACUUCAUCCUGCGGGUAGGACUUCGGGAGUAGCAUAGCAGUUAUGCUUUGGUGAGAAACACUGGCAGACGGAACUCACAAGAGGAUGAGGUCAUGGCAUCAUUGGAAGCAUGGUUUCGAAGAUGGAGGACAGGAGGUCUGCACUAUCCCUGGCUGAGCCCAAGUGGAGGCCUCUCAUUAAGCAGGAUAUUUCUCUUAUCUAUAUGGAUAAAUGUGAUCUUGUUCUCACUGGCUAAGAGGAAAGCUGUAAGGAACCUGAACCAAAGACCUCAGCCAUGAAGAUCAGCCCAAACCUGCCCACUCACAUGGACCAUUGCUUUAACGCCAUUCCUGCCGGGACUCCAGCCUGCCAUUUGCAUCCUCGGUUUUUGGGCCAGUCUCUGCUGAGGGAGCAAGUCACCUGGAGCCAUGUGCAGAAGGGAACUCCAGGGACAGAAUGGCACCGAAUGACUAAGGAGACCAAGCAGGUCUCAGGCAUCACCAGUCAGAUGGUUCAAAGGGUUUAAACUAAACUAGCCUUCAGUCUGAUUUGAAUUGUGAUUGUUCAUAGUCUGUCUCUUUAGAGUGACUUCUCUGUAUGAUCGAUAUUAAUGUUAUGUUCUAUGCCAUUUUUCUGAGUGAGGGCCAAAUGAGACAGGAAUCAUAGCAGUAAGAUGCAUCUGAUUGGAGCAGAGGGUCAGUUUAACAUAAAAGCUUAUCUUAUUGGCUGGGCAAUAAUGAUGUCAGUGUGAUGUCGCCCAUCUUGUGUAUGUUUGCUUAUAAUGAAUCUGUUUUCUCUCUUUUUUACUAUAGACUGUUUUUUUAUUUCGAGGUAUUCUUAAGAAACAUGCAGAAGCACAGAGGUGUCUGAAGAACAUGCCAUCGGCCAUGACUGGCUCCUCGUGUAUUUGUUAGAAAUGCUGAUGAAUGAAGUAGGCAGAAGGAUGGACAGAAGACAUCCCACCUUAGGGAUGUUCAGGAGACGUUUGGGAGGGCGGACAUGCUGGCCAGUGCUCGGCUGGUAUUAAAGGAAAUACCGUAUAUAUACUGCCGACUGGGGCAGGCAGGGAAAAUUUGCUGACUGGGGCUAGAGAGUGAUGGUAAAAUCUGGGGCGUGAUUGCAAAGGUAAAAAUUCUUUCCGGCUAAUUUUACCACAACUGAAUAGCAGAACAGAUUUCUGGGAUACUGAGCAUCAUUUGCAGGUGCCAGGGAGCUGCUGUCAAGUUGCGGGAGACUCCUGGAACUUCCGGAAGAGGUGGGAUGUCUGGGACAGACUUGGUGGGGAGAGGGGGUGUUAGGGUUAGGCUGACUUGGUGGGGGGGUACACUCACUCUGUCGAUUUGUGUUUUCUGUCUCCUGUUGGGUUUCCUGCAGAUCCUCACAUUUCCUCCCAUGUUUUCACUGAACUUGGCAGGGGGUUGGGGGCUGAAGGCCAUCACACACACACACAUACACUAAUAUCUGAAGGCGCAGUCUUGGGCCCAUGGAGGGCGCUGUCCUGGCAGCCAGUUUACAGAGCACCUAAGCUGUCAUGCUGUGACAUUUGGCCAGUUUGCUCUUUGUCUGCCCCCUCAAUCCCCAAACUGAGCUGCGUCUGCUUUUCUCCACACGUUCCUGGGGACAAUCCACCAGCAUCUACAAAAACCUGAAGCCUCGUUUUUUUCAUCCCCGGCGCCCAAGAAGACCACUGACAGCUCUCCUCUGGAAGAGCAUGUGUGUGUGUGCGUCUGACAGGCCUAUAGAGGAGUGUGUGGGCUUGCUGCAUGUUUCGGUGAGUGUCAGCCUCUGUGUGUGUCUCACACGCAUGGUGGACAUGUGCGUCAGCAGAUUUCCCACAAUGCCCUGAGAGAGAGAUCCCCAAAAUGAGGCACUGAAAUUCUGCCGUCCAGUCCAGCCCCCAUUAGCUACAGCAUCGUGCUGCUUUGCCUGGAAUUUAUGCACGAUUCCUUUAUCUAUUAUUCCUUUUGGUUUCCCUUCUGCUCCCUUUCCAUCUCGGUCUAAUUGCUUUCUGCGAGCUCGUCUCGCCUGAGGCAAGCUGGAGAAGAAAGAGUUUUUAUGGCGGCAUUUCUGACAGACAGGCGCUCUCACAGUGUAAGCAGAACAAUCCGGAAGGGGACACACGCCCUGUAAAGUAAUAUCUAGAAUAUAUACCAGCGUAUUGCCUUAAAACCGCCCCACUGACGUUUAUGUAACAUUACAGCGCAUACAUGGUGCAAGGAAAAGCAACAUGCGUACAGAAAAUGGCUUCUUGGGCUCCACACGGACUUUUCACUGAGCAAUAUUACACUGUUUAAGUUGCUCUGAUGCUGGACGGCACAAAGGCUGUGUUUGGGAGCUGCUUGUAUAGAUGUUGAGGGCGAAGGGGAUCAGUAAGGGGGGUCUGUCAUUCAAGCAUCCAUGUAACACGCUGGAAAUUACCAGAAAAGACUCUACUCACUCUAGCGUUUGUGUGCCAGCACUUUCCUGAGAUUCACUUCCCAUAAUGCACUCGGUUGAACAUUCACUCUGCAGGAAUAUAGUCAGUGAUCAUCUCUCCAGAAAGGGUCUCCAUGUUGAUAUGAGGGCAAACUGGAGCCAUAGUGAUCAACAGGAGUUCUUUGGGCAUAUUAAAGGAGCCCCACAGACGAGGUCCUUCUGGAACAUGCCAUGGAGUCACUCUGUUCUGACCUGAUUCUGAGGCCCUGCUCACACAUGCAGUGUCAGUACUGCAACUGUCUCUCUGUUACUCUGUCCCACCACAUGUCACGUAUCAUUUAUAUUAAAAGGGAACAGACAGACCAUUCCUGUCUCUACUGUCUUGUCUCACCAAACCAGACUGUAUGGACCACAGGGAACCACCCUGCGUCUGUCUAUGGUACAGCCUGUCUGUCUGUCUGUUUCUUGACUAUUCGCCUGCCUGUCUCUCUGUCUGUCUAUCUCUCUAUCUGUUUCUAGACUGCCUGCCUGUCUGCCUCUCUGUCUGACUGCCUGUCUAUC